CACGUCACUUCCGUCACAGGGCACUCCGGAACGCAAAGUCGAAGUAGGCAUCCUCUGCUCUCCCCAACGCGGCCACACACCCUCGAUUUCCGCUAUAAAGCCCGGUCUCCGGUCCCCGAUGCCUUCUCGCCCCGCCCCGCUCGUCCACCGCCUCCGCCUGCUGAGGAGCGCCGUCGUCUGCUCUUCCUCCGCGCUGCUGCCGUGCAGCCGCCCGCGCCUCGCCAUCCCCUUCGCGCAGCCGCCGCUCCGCGGCCCCGCCUUCGCCGCCGCCUCGUCGCCGCUGCUCCGCCCGGUCGGCGCCAGAUUCUCGCUGUUCAGCAGCAUGGCCGCCGCCGCCUCCUCUGCCUCCUCCAUCCACGACUUCACCGUCAAGGAUGCAAGUGGAAAAGAUGUCGACCUGAGCACCUACAAGGGGAAGGUUCUCCUCAUUGUCAAUGUUGCAUCCCAGUGUGGCUUGACCAAUUCCAACUACACGGAACUCGCUCAGUUGUAUGAGAAGUACAAGGACCAGGGUUUUGAGAUCCUUGCUUUCCCAUGCAACCAGUUUGGUGGGCAGGAGCCUGGCACUAACGAGGAAAUUGUUCAGUUUGCUUGCACUCGCUUCAAGGCCGAGUAUCCAAUUUUUGACAAGGUUGAUGUCAAUGGUGACAAUGUUGCACCUGUCUACAAGUUUCUGAAGUCCAGCAAAGGCAGUCUCUUCGGAGACAACAUCAAGUGGAACUUCUCCAAGUUCUUGGUGGACAAGGAGGGGCGUGUUGUGGAUCGCUACGCGCCAACCACCUCCCCCCUCAGCAUCGAGAAGGACAUCAAGAAGCUGCUCGCGAGUUCUUAAGCCUUGUUGCUGCGUCAACUAGAUGCAUUGGUGCAUCACCUGAAGCUUCAGUAUAAUGUUGUAAUAAAGGCUGUGCAGUCCAAUCUCGUAGUUGUGUAUGUCAUGUAAUGGAUUUCGUGGAAUGUGUUUCUUCUGCUGCAGAGAUAUCCCCUCUA